AUGUUGAGUAAGAAAUCACCGUUCAAGAUUCUGUCACACAGUCGAUCUGGAUCUGCAGAUGAAUCCGGCGUAUCGAGUUUCCAUAAGAGAAGUGUAUCGGCUGGUAGUCAUGGUCCUCCGGUGUCUGGACAUCAAAGGAACGUUUCGCGAUCGUCAAACACAUCUACCAAUUCGAACUUUCUAGCGGAACAAUACGAACGAGACCGUCGUGGGAUUAUACAGAGUUGUUUUGAGCCCAAAAGUCAUGAAAAUAAUGGGCAACCUACGGAAACGUACGUUACGCAUGUGAGAGUUAUUGAAGACGGUAGGUAUCCCAGUUCAAGACCCCCUGCGAACUCGCCAUUGACCAAUAAGAAAAAAAGAGUUCUCAUCAUUGGGUGUAGGACGGACGCAGGCGGAAUGCAGUUGCACAAGGCGCGCGAAAAUGCCAACGGAGGGUUCCAAAUUGGGCGGACUUGGGAUCUCAGAGAACUCGCCAGUAUCGAGCGAGAUCGACAUCAGGACGAAGGUUUCAUAUUUGCUAUGGGAAAGAAAUAUUACUGGGAAACCAACAGCGCCAAAGAACGUACUGUUUUUAUCAAGAGCGUUGUGAAAAUCUUUAUGGACAACUCCGGCGGUCACGUCCCGGAAUUGCUGAAUUGGGAUCUGGGGUUGUUUUACUUGGAUGAGUCCAGCUACCAGCGUGCGGUCGUCAGACAGCCUUCUAAAAAACAGAAGCCGGCUGAAUCUCUGUUGGACUCGGGGAAUCGGACCAUGAACUCUGAGCGCAGUUCGCACAGUGGAUCAGGGUCUAUCAACGGAAGACAGCAGUUGAGUGAUAAUCGCAAGGAGCGCCGUCCGUUGCAAGCUAGAUCUGGAUCCACGCGAGAAAAACCACAUCAGCCUAUAAUUUUCCCCGCAGAAAGAUCUCACCGGAAUGAUUCUCAGGUCGCAGAACCGAUCGCCCCGAGAAGAUCCUCACCCAAAAAAUGGGAAGAAAACCACGGAUCAAGUAAUAACAGAGAUUCUGAGCAAAAUGGGGUCAAAGAAACUGCAGAAACGUCAUCUAAUACCCAAAACAUCAAGCAGCAGCCUGUUUCAUUGUACGAAGCGGCUCCUUCCUCUUUGGUGGAAUCGAAUCCUAGUCUGCCUAGCGCAACCUCGUACGGAAGGGAGGAAACCGCAGAGGAGAGACAUGACGCCAGCAAUUUUUUGGCAGACCUCAAUGCCGCUUUAACACCUGAGCCACAGCUAGAUCUAAAAAAAAACCAAAUCCAUAAGGGACGUUCAGAAACCCCUCCUUCAGCCAGCAUUGAUGUAGAGGAAGAUGAUGAUCACAAGGACGAUGAUCACGAGGACGAUGAUGACGAUUUUGCCGAGAUGUACAAGUCCAGCUCUGAAUCAGAAGAAGAUCUGAACGCUGAACUGUCGUUGGACAGCGAGGUUAAAGAUUUGUCGUUCGAAAAAGAUGAUGAAGUACGUUAUAGCGGUGUUUUCAAUGAAGAAGAGUACCACGAAUACCAUGAGGUUUCUACCAUAACGGAAGAGCCUUUCCUUCCGACCAAAUUCGAUCAUGUUGAUGAGCAUCUCAGAGAGAUUAAUGAAACGUCCGAAUCAGUUGACACGCAAGGAAUACUUGAAAUUUUGGAUGAUUUGAAUUGGGAAGUGGAUGGUGAUCCAGAACGGCUUUUAUUAAAGCUCCAUAAUUGCAUGUCCGUGACCGCUUAUGAGCUUAACCAAGAAAUGCUCCAUCUUUCUACCCAGAGCAAGGAUCGCUCCGUCUCGAAAAUGAAGGUGCAGGCUGAAUGCGACAAGCUGGAUCCCAGCAUGUCCUUUUUCGUGAUGGAGAUGUCCACCCUUUCCAGAGAUAUCGAAUUUGUCGAGUCUCAAAACAAUGGACUCCAAAUUGAAACUUCAAAUAAAAAAAUGUUAUGGAGGGAAUUAACGGACAUUUUAAAUUCUGUUUCCAUCGAUGAAAAGACUCUCAGCAAUUUCUUGUCUCUCCCCAUUAGUGAAAGAAGCUUAGAAAGCUUGGAAAAGACACUGGGCUCUUUAUUCGUUGCUGUGAAAGCUAUCUAUGGUGAUGAUCAGGAGAAGGACAACAGUUUAGAAAACAUGAAAGCAUUGAAAGAAAGAAGACAAACCUAUGAAAAAGUAGCAAAGCUUUUUGUUAGGAGAGCGGAGGCAGAAAUGGAGAAAAAAAUCGCGAAUCUGGGCUCAGCGAGCGUUUCCAAUGAGCAACUCGAAAAUAUGCUAUCCCGAAUGUUAAUUUAUUCUUCUUUGGUUCUUUUCUGCAAGGGCAUUUUGCCGAACUCAUAUCAGGAAAUCGUGUUCAAGUGGAACGAGCGCCUUGCCUUGAUUUAUGGUUCAAAAUUGGAACCUUUUUUAGCUGACAUGGACCAAGUACUAAACAAUGGUAAAUUAUUGAUUAUGAAUGAAAAGUCGAAUGAGAUGAGCCGCCUUAUCAAAUGCUGGGAAAAUUUCAAGGCCUCUAAAACGGUCAAGCGUGAAUUGCCCGUUGAAAUGCCUUUACUUCGGACUCUUUUCUCAACAAUGGACGGAAUGAAUGAAUUAUGCGUUACAUAUAGAAAUUUUAUUGGAGAUUUCUUUCAGGUUGGUAGCGAAUUUGAUUUCGUCACUUACAUCGAGAGAUAUCCCGAACUGUCACAACGUAUAAAGGAUCUGCAUGACAUUCAACCCAUGGAAUCCGACCGCAACGCAGCAAUUGAGAAGGGUCAUUUGACCUCCACCACUUUUCAACCAUUUUUCAACUCUUACAGCGAGAAACUAGGUGCAUUUGCCUCUAACAACUUUACAUUAGGGCCUGCAGUUUUGUUGAAAAUCGAGAAAUUUCUGCGCAACGUGGUGUCUUCGAAUCAGGAAUUUUUGAUAACGGUGUAUUCAAAGGUCUUCAAUAAGGUUGAACAGGACUGGCAAGCUGUUUUAGGGGAGUGCGCGAUCCAAGUUGAACGCAAUUCCUCGAACAACACUUCCAUAGGCAUCUCGCCCUUUGUCGCAGAGUUCACGUACUUUGUUAAGGCAGUGGAAGACUGUCAAUUUUCCGUACUACAACAACUGAAGAUUGAUGACACUCAGUGCGCGGAUUCUUUAGGAGCGAUAUCGAGUGCAUAUGAAACUUAUGGGAAAGCUAUCAUUGUUUGUCUUGACAAAUUCAGUUCGCCUCAACGGAACCAACAGCAAUCUCUUAUCGACGAGGAGAGCAAGGUAACCUUAGUCGGCAUGCUUUUUGACUGCAAUUGGCUGGUCGAGAUGCUAUCACUCUAUUCAAAUGAUCAGUUAACGACUGUGGUAACGUAUGCGAAGCAAUCGUUCGACGCCAAUAAAGAUUUUUAUGCGGAAGCACUACUUAGAUCUUCCAUGGGUUAUUUCUACACUUUCGUGGUCGGCGCACAUGACUUGAUAAAAGCUGCUAACAGAGAAUCAGCCGAUCCAUCCAAAUGGGCCGCAUAUAGUCAGCAAAAUUUGGACAAGAUAUUGGAAGCAUAUACGUCCAAAAGCAUCACCGAGUUGAUAGAUGGCCUAUUUCUUCAACUCAAAAAUGACUUAGGCGAGGAUUCGCAAAAUCUGGGCAGUGAUUUACGUGUGAAGCUAUGGUCCUGCGUACAAGGUCAUUUUGUCUCGACCUAUUUGAAGUUAUACACUUUGAUAGAUCGGCAUUACAAGGGCUCAACUAUAAAAUUCACCAAGAACGAAAUCAUUAUGGCUUUCAACAAGCAUAAAGUUGAUUGA